AUGGAAUUAAAGGUUCGUCUUCUUAUUGCUCAAUGCUUAUUAUCGUGUAUCCAAUAUGGUUUUAUCGAAGCAAUGGAGAGUCGGGGUGCAAGAGAGGGAGAAUUUCCAUUUGUCGUUUCCAUUAAGAAGCAGGAAUAUCCUAAUCGCCCGGACAAAGAUCAUGUUUGUUCAGGAGUUCUUAUCUCAAACAAGGAUGUUUUAACUAUUGAGCGUUGUCAAGAAUGCGUUACCGAAGGUGCUACUGAAAUACUUUAUGGAUCAGUUAAUUUAAAAGCAGGAUUCAAACGCUACCCCCUAUGGUGGAUGACGUAUGUACAAUGGGCUCAUAUAAAAAAUAAACAACUAACUUAUCAACAAAAUCAACUUGCAAUUAUAAGGCUUAAUGAACCAGUACCUGCUUCCAUUAAAAUAGCCGAAAUACAAACAACCCAAAAUAGCAACUUGUAUGGGUCAUUGGUGCAGACAGCUGGAUGGGGGGCAUUAAUGAUUGGAAUGACUCCUAGGCUUAUGCGAACUACUAGUUUAACAGUCUUAACCAACGAACAGUGCCAGCAAAAAAUCAACCGACUUUAUCCACGACGGCCAUUCCAACUACAACCAACAUAUUUAUGUACUAAUGGAGAUCACGAGGAACAGCACUGGCAUUUGAUGGAUUUUGGCGGACCAUUGAUAUUUGAUGAUAAAGUUAUAGCGAUUAAUCAAGAUAUUUAUCCAAUGCCAACUAAUCCUCCACAUCCAGAGAAGCUAAAUCUACAUAUUCGUCUUGAUUAUUAUUCUGAUUUUAUUAGAGAUGUUACAAAUAAUUUCUAA